AAAUAGAACGUGUUUCUUGUAUUACUUGUUUUGUUCACUGAACCAUCACCAAAAUGGUGUAAAAACCAUCCAACUAUUUACUUAUUAAUCGUUGUUAAUUCAAAAUGUCUUCUAAAGUAUUCGCUGGAUCUGCGAUCAAACAAAAUGCUGGAAAAAUCAGCAAUAUUAAUGACUGGAGUCCUACAACCAAACAGCGACGAUGGCUGUUAAUCGCCGGGUCAAGCCACCCGCCCGAAAAAGUUCACAUCUCUAUGGGUCGAAAACGAGAAGCGAAGGGAGAAAAAAGUGGGAAAUAUUUACAGGGUAUUAGUUUGGAUUUGUUCAACAUAGAAAGAUCGGUUGGUCACACAUUGAAGAACAAAAUUCAAAACCUCGAAAUUACCAAAGCGGAGGUCGCCAAUCACAUCACGAGUUUUUUCCAGUUUUGUCUGGAAAAUGAUUUUAAGCCGAUGCUCUACUAUUCGGGUCACGGGGAAAUGCCUACAGGUAACUGGUGUUUUACCGACGGAACUAUCGGAGUUGAUGAAAUUUUGGAGAUGGUUCCCGAGGGCAUGGCUUAUCCGACAAUUUGCAGUGACGCAUGUUACAGCGGAACUUGGGCUGAUUUUUGUAUCCGGAAAGGCAUCGAUGGUUUCGAGUGUCUGUCGGCAUGCAAGCCAGAUCAGUCGGCGUUUGAUAAUAGAGAUAACGGGGGCGAACUGACCCUUUACAUGACAGGAAAUGAGAAGAAAUUGACUAAAGGAAGACCCGUAACGGAACCCCUUUUCAGCCGAGGCUCCCAGCCAGACUACCCAACCGUCCGAAUAUUUGGAAAGGUUCACUACGCCGAAUUCAUCAAAUACCACACUUACGAUUACAGAAAUAUUCUCAUUUCCCAGAGCAUUCGCGACGGAUAUCUAGCUGCUGUUUUUGCUUCAGACCAGAAGUACAAUUCCUCCGAAAAACUUUACUGGGAAAGCGCCGGCUAUGCUGACUUUUUUCAAGUAUAUAAAUCAGACGUUCAUUGCAGAAAAUUUAUUUACUCUUUGAAAGCCGAUGAAUCAACCAAAAGAUUCUACGCGUAUUCAAUUGAAGGCUUCGGCGACAGCCAAGUUGUCUUGAAAAUUGACGAUCCCGAUGACAUUACGUGGAGAAACAUGGCAAUUACCUCGUGCACAGCCUGUAAAUCUAAGUUUUACUUCGUUCUUUCAAGCGGAGUUCCCGAGUUUGAAAACCGAGAACAAGUCGUGUUGAUGAAUCCGACAUUUUCUCAGUCGGAUAAUUUGAGUGAGAAGGUUGCGGAUUAUUAUAGCAAGGGAUUUGUUAUAACUUCGAUGUGUUAUAACAAGGGAAAGAAAAAAUUCUUGGUCGUCAUGACUAAAACAUCGGAAAGCCAGGAAAGUUCACUGGAGCAGAGUAUUUCGAUGAGCCAAUAA